CGGCAACGAACGAUGGCACGAGGCUCAGGACGCGGCGCAUUCGGCCUCUCCUCCUCCUCUUCCUCUGGCGGACGCGCACGCGGCGGCGGCUAUCGCGGAUCCUUUCGCGGAUCCUCAUUUCGCGGCUCCUCGUUUCGUGGCGGACGCGGGCGCGGGCGCGGGCGGGGAGGCGCUAACGGUGCAGGCGGCGGUGGGGGAGGGGGAGACGGGCCGGCGCCGCAGCGGGAGGACGACGGGACGCAGCUCGCGGAGCGGUUCGAGCAGGUGCGCGUGGCGGAUGAGGUGGAUGAGAAGCUGGGGUUUGCGAGGGUGAGCGAGGGCGGGCGGAGGGAGGGGUGGUUGAUUAAUAUGCAUCCGACGCUGGUCAAGGAUCCGGAUUAUCCGGGCGGGAAGGCGGCUGUGGAUUUUUAUUUUAUACAGGAUGAUGGGGGGAUGUUCAAGUGUACGAUGCAGUAUGAGCCGUAUUUCUAUAUCGCGUGCAAGCCCGGCUCAGAAUCGUCCGUCGAAGAAUGGCUGAUGAAGCGGUUCGAAGGACUCAUCGUCCGCAUCACACGAGACAGGAAAGAGGACCUCAAGCUGCCGAACCACCUCAUGGGCCACCGCCGGCUCUACCUCCAGCUCUGCUUCCGCAACGUGUCCGACCUGCUCGCCGUGCGCCGCGACGUCGCGCCCCUCGCGCUCGCCAACGGCGCCAAGCGCGACGCCGUCGACGCGUACGCGGAGGUCGUCAGCGCCACCGCCGGCGCGGGGUCCUACGCCUCCGGCGGAACCGGCGGCGGCGGCGGGGCGGCGAUGGACAUCGAGAUGGACGGGGAGUACAACGCGUACGCGGAGAUCGGCGGGAGCUCGGGCGCGGGGCGCGGCGGGGGCGCGAGCUACCGGGACCGCGACCCGGGCGAGUGCAUCAUCGACGUGCGCGAGUACGACGUGCCGUACUAUCUGCGCGUGGCGAUGGACAACGCGAUGCGCGUCGGGCUGUGGUACGCGGUGACGUUCACGGCGGGGCAGCCUGGGUUUGCGCCGAUUGCGGAGCGCGUGAAGCGCGCGGAUCCGGUGGUGAUGGCGUAUGAUAUCGAGACGACGAAGGCGCCGCUGAAGUUCCCGGACCAUGCGCUGGACCAGGUGAUGAUGAUCUCGUAUAUGAUCGACGGGGAGGGGUAUCUUAUUACGAAUCGGGAGAUUGUGGGUGAGGACAUUGAGGAUUUUGAGUAUACGCCCAAGGAGGGGUACGAGGGCCCGUUUACGGUGUUCAACGAGCCCGACGAGGCUGCGACGAUCAUGCGCUUCUUCCACCACAUCCAGUCCGCGAAGCCGACCGUGAUGGCGACGUUCAACGGCGACUUUUUCGAUUUCCCGUUCCUCUGCGCACGCUCGAAGGCGAACGGGAUCGACAUGUUCCUCGAGACCGGGUUCGCGAUCGACCAGGAGGACGAGUUCAAGAGCCGGUGCUGCGUGCACAUGGACUGCUUCCGCUGGGUGAAGCGCGACUCGUAUCUCCCGCAGGGCAGUCAGGGUCUCAAGGCGGUUACGACGGCGAAGCUGGGGUAUAAUCCGAUUGAGUUGGAUCCGGAGCUGAUGACGCCCUACGCGAUGGAGCAGCCGCAGGUGCUUGCGCAGUACUCCGUUUCCGAUGCCGUCGCGACGUACUACCUCUACAUGAAAUACGUGCACCCGUUCAUUUUCUCGCUCUGUAACAUUAUUCCUCUCUGUCCGGACGAAGUGCUGCGCAAAGGCUCGGGGACGCUGUGCGAGACGCUGCUCAUGGUGGAGGCCUACGAGAAUCACAUCAUCAUGCCUAAUCGGCAUGAGGACGCGCAUUUCAACAUGCACGAGGGACAUCUUUUGGCGUCGGAGACGUAUGUUGGAGGACAUGUCGAGGCUCUCGAGGCUGGUGUAUUCCGGAGCGACAUUCCGACGGACUUUAAGAUCGUGCCAGAAGCGGCUCAGCAGCUCAUCGAUCAGCUUGACGACGCUCUCAAGUUCUGUAUAGUCGACGAGUCGAAAGCAUCCCUUGCCAGCGUCACGAAUUACGACGAGGUCAAGAGCGAGAUCCAGGCCGCCCUUGAGGAAAUGCGCGACAACCCGAAGCGGCUCGAUAAACCGCUGAUCUACCAUCUCGAUGUCGCCGCCAUGUACCCAAACAUCAUGUUGUCCAACCGUUUGCAGCCCGACUCCAUCGUCGACGAAUCCGUCUGCGCCGUGUGCGACUACAACCGGCCUGGGAAAACGUGCGACCGGCGGCUGGAGUGGGCGUGGCGCGGCGAGUUCUUCCCCGCGCACCGGGAUGAAUACAACAUGAUCCGGCACGCGCUCGCGCAGGAGACGUUUCCCUCGAAGCGCCCCGGCGGGCCGCAGCGGCGCUUCGCGGACCUCACGGACGCGGAGCAGACGGCGCUGCUGCACAAGCGGCUGGGGGACUACUCGCGCAAGGUGUACAAGAAGAUCAAGGACACCAAGGUGGAGAUGCGGACGUCGAUCGUGUGCCAGCGGGAGAACCCGUUCUACGUCGACACGGUGCGGCGCUUCCGCGACCGGCGGUACGAGUACAAGGGCCUGCAUAAGACGUGGAAGAAGAAUCUGGAUGCGGUCGUGAGCGAGGGCAAGUCGAUCGCGGAGGUGGAUGAGGCGAAGAAGAUGAUCGUGCUGUAUGAUUCGCUGCAGCUCGCGCAUAAGUGCAUUCUUAAUUCGUUCUACGGGUAUGUCAUGCGCAAGGGCGCGCGGUGGCACUCGAUGGAGAUGGCGGGUAUCACUUGUCUCACUGGUGCGACCAUCAUCCAGAUGGCGCGGGCGCUUGUCGAGCAGCUUGGGCGCCCGCUGGAGCUGGACACGGACGGUAUUUGGUGCAUGCUUCCGGGCGUGUUCCCGGAGAACUUCAAGUUCAAGCUCAACAACGGCAAAGCCCUCGCGUUCUCUUACCCGUGUACCAUGCUUAACCACCUCGUUCACGCCCAGUUCACCAACCACGCUUAUCAUGAUCUCAACCCCGAGACUGGUGACUACGAUAUCCACAGCGAGAACUCCAUCUUCUUCGAGCUCGAUGGACCGUAUAGGGCUAUGAUCCUCCCGUCAUCUAAAGAAGAGGACAAGCUGCUCAAGAAGCGAUACGCCGUGUUUAACGACGACGGAUCGAUGGCAGAGCUGAAGGGCUUUGAAGUAAAACGCCGCGGUGAACUGCAGCUCAUCAAGAUCUUCCAGUCCCAGCUCUUCGAGCGCUUCCUACUCGGCACAACGACGGAGGAAUGCUACCGCGCCGUCGCACACGCCGCGGACCAGUGGCUCGACAUCCUCUUCAGCAAGGCAGAGACGCUGAGCGACGAGGAGCUCGUCGACCUUAUUGCCGAGAACCGCAGCAUGUCCAAGACGCUCGCCGAGUACGCGGGGCAGAAGUCGACGUCGAUCAGUACAGCGAAGCGUCUUGCGGAGUUCCUGGGCGACCAGAUGGUCAAGGACAAGGGCCUCGCGUGCAAGUUCAUCAUCUCGGCACAGCCGCACGGUGCGCCCGUCACGGAGCGUGCGGUUCCUGUCGCGAUCUUCUCGGCUGAGGAAAGCGUCAAGCGGACGUACCUCCGCAAGUGGCUCAAGAACAACGGGCUCACCAGCUUCGAGCUCCGUGCGAUCCUCGACUGGGACUACUACAUCGAGCGGCUCGGGUCUGUCAUCCAGAAGCUUAUCACUAUCCCUGCGGCCAUGCAGAAGGUCGCGAAUCCGGUCCCGCGCAUUCGGCACCCCGACUGGCUGCAUCGCCGCGUCGCGGGCCAGGUCGACAAGUUCAAACAAAACAAGAUGACGGACUUCUUCACUCGGGCGCCCGCCACGGAGUCACAGUUUGAGACGCAAGACGAUCCAGACAUGGAGGACUUUGGCCAAUCGAGCGCUCAACCAAGCCAGGCGCGCAUCGCCGUGGUGAAGCGAAAACCGGUGGCCCGUCAAGAGACGCCAGAGGAAGAAGAGGCUCCUGUUGACGUUCCUCUUCCGAAUCCCGAGCGUAACUACUCCGCCUGGAUCAAGGCCAUCAAACCGCGAUGGAAGCGAAGGCGCGAGGCGCGCUGGGGAGACGCUACAGCGUCGGCCGUCCCGUCCAUGUUCAAGGGCGUCAAGGUGCGCACCGCCCGGCGGUGGGAUAUCAUCCAAAUUCGUCCCAGCAAAAUCCUCGGACGCUUCAACCUUUGGCUGUCGGUCGACAACAGUGUUGUCUCCAUCCCAUUGCGUAUUCCCCGCGAGUUCUACCUACACUUCAAGACGCCUCCAAGGGACAACUUGUUCCAUGCUGAAUACUACUCGUGUGCCAAGGUCGUGCGCCACCUGCCUCGGAAUUUCCAGUGCAACAACUUGUACAAGGUGUCCGUCAAGGAAGAUACGUACCAAGAGAUCGAGGAGCACUUCACGGACCUGACGAACGACCCUAACGUUGAUGGUGUCUUCGAGAUGCAGGUUCCCCUUGAAUUGCGAGCCAUCAUCCGGCUCGGCAAGUCGUGCAUGUCGGACGAGCCCGGCCUGACGUUGAACCGCGCACAAAGCGUGGGCGUAGAUCUUACCCAGCUCGAUCGACCAGGACCUUCUCACGCAAAGCAGGCGUACUUGAGCGGCGGUCGCUCUGGCAAAUACGUCUUCCUCUAUCACGCAUGUUCCGUCAGCGCUCCUAUCCAUGUCUUCGCCCUGUUCCUGCCGGCCGGAACCGUCAAACUCCAUAUCGUUGAUCCGGCUACGAGGCGCCAGCCCAUCGCGAAGCUGCAGGAGCUUUACGCCGAUCUUUUACGCAAGCAGCGCAAAGAGCAGCCCGAGGAUGCGUCCAUCGAUUAUCCUCCUGCGUGCGAGUUCUCGACGACGUAUCAUAACAAGGAUACGACUGCCCUCAAGGCCAUCUCUCGUGAGCUCGGGACUCUGGAGGACCGGUCGUACAUCGUCGUGCUCUCGUCUAUGAAGGACCAGUCGUACUUCGACAUGUGGACGCCGAAGCUGGCCAAAUUCCCUGUUCUCUCCAUGCCCAAAACUCGGAAGCCGCACUCGCUCGACGUCUUCCCGUGGCAAACUCACGUGGCGAAGAACAUGCUGUCGCGCUACCUCAACGUCGGCUCCUGGCUAGAUCGCUCGAUAGCACUCGCCGAUUAUUACGACGUGCCGAUCGGCCAUGUUGACGGCGAUCAGCCUAUCUUGCUGUCGGACAUCAGCUUCGCACGGCGGUUGGCUGAGCAGGACAUUGUCCUGUGGUGGUCUCCGUCUGAUCGGCCUGAUCUCGGAGGUGUCGAGCAGGAUAACCGACCAACAGAGGAACUGCAGACCACAGAGUUCAAUUCGCCGGGAUGCUACUCCAACGUCUGCUUAGAGAUCACUGUCCGUAACCUGGCUGUCAACUCUGUGCUUCAUUCCCUCGUCGUGAACGAGCUCGAGGGCGCCGGAGGGGCGACGUCGUUCGACUCCGUCUCCCGCACGUUGAACGAGUACUCGGCGGGUGAACAACAGCGGGACCUCACCUUGGGCGAGUCGCAGGUUUCGUCCAUCACCUUCGGCAUCUUGAAGUCAUUGAUCAAGGGCUGGCUCAUCGACAAGAUCGAGAACGACUUCCAGAGCCCCGCCACGCUCACCAUCGACCACUUCUGGCGGUGGGUGAGCAGCAGUGCUUCGCACAUGUACGACCCCAACAUACACCGUUUCAUCCACGGCCUUAUGCGGAAGACGUUCAUCCAAAUGAUGGCCGAGUUCAAGCGCCUUGGCUCGCACGUCGUGUACGCGGAUUUCAGUCGCAUCCUGCUGGCUACUUCGAAACCACCCGGGACUGCUCAUGCCUAUGCCACCUACAUCACCACCGCCGUGAACUCGAACGAGCUGUUCCAGCACAUCUUCCUGCGCACCGAGCGUUUCUACGACUACCUCCUCUUCAUGGACCAGGCCAACUUGGGUGGUGUCGUGUGCGAAGACCCACUGGCACUGGAGCCACCUGAGGAUAUCUCGAUCGAGCUCCGGUGGAAUAUCCAGACCUUCCUACCCGCAGCCAUCCAGCAGGACUUCGCCAAUAUCAUGCAGUACUGCAUCGUCAAGCUGUUCAAGAUCCGCCAAAAGACGAAUCAAACCCAGCGCAAACCCCUUCGCGUUCUCGACAAUCAAACGCCGGACGCAACCCAGCGCGACACCGCGAAGGAGAACGAGAUUGAGCUCACGCGGGACUUCAUUGCCCGCCAGCUGCAGCGUAAGCUCCUGUCGACAGUCGGUAAGAUCCAGGACCGCAUCCGCGAUGCAGCCACGGACGAGGAGCUGCACGAGCAGUUCCGCUUCCCUGUCAGACCAGGCUCUUACCUGGCGCUCAGCAACCCUGUGCUGGAGUUUGUCAAGUUCGCGUGUGCCGUGUUCGGCCUCGCGCGCGACUACAGCGUCGAAGUCGGCCUGCUCAAGCGGAGCCUGCUCGACCUCGCGGGCGUCCGCGAAUUUGCGGCCGAAGCGGUGUUCCGCAACCCAUGCGAGCCGCUCAAGCUCUCCAACGUACCGUGCCGCCACUGCGACCAGCUCCGCGACUUUGACUUCUGCCGUGACGAGGAGCUCGCGCCUGCGCCGGGAGGGUCGGUGACGGUGCGCUGGACGUGUGGCACGUGCGGAGGCGAGUUCGACCGGAUGGCGAUCGAGCUCGACUUGAUGAAGAUGGUGGCCAAUCUCGAGCGCGCGUACACCCAGCAGGACAUGGUCUGCGUCAAGUGCAAGCAGCUCCGCUCCGACAAUGUGUCGCGGUGGUGUCAGUGCUCUGGCGCGUAUCAACUCACUAUUGGCAAAGCCGAGAUGCGACGAAGGCUGAGGACGAUCGUCAAUGUCGCACUGGUACAUGGCUUGCCGAGGUUGAAGGAAUGCGCGCAAACGGUAUUAGAAAACUGGUGAUCCAUCCGUCAUAAAAUGUCUUUCAUCUGCUCUGUUUGCUAUGCUUUUUGUUAUAUCGUGCUUUGGACUUGCGUUACACCUUUGCUAUGGUUUCUUCGCGUGAUGUAAAAACAUUUAGGACUAGACUUUAUGCACUCUCUAUCGCAAUCCA